GUUGUUAACGUUUUUGGCGGCAAAAGAAUUAUUGCAUUGUUGUUGGUUGUUCCUUAGCAGUAAUCCACAAAUUCAGUAUUACAGUUUGCUGUUUACGUCUAUCGUUUCCGUUUGUUCUGAUUUUCGUUUAGUUGUAAAUGGUUCAGGUUAGUAUUUUCAUUUGUACUUUCUACGCGGUGUGAGUUUUGCGAUCUUACAGUUUUUCCGCGUUGUCCAGAAAAUAAAUAGUUCUACAAACUUUUGAAAAUGAUGGAGGAUGACAUUGAACAAAGACUUAGAGAUAUCCAGAAGGAAUAUCUGAGUUUUCUAGAUGAUGAAGAAAAUCAAAAUGUAUACCACAAAAAGGUGAAAUUAAUGAUUGAUGAAAACGGCCAAAGACUACUAAUAGACAUCAAUGAUUUACGUAAAAAAAAUCCUAAUAGAACCCAUGAAUUAUUAACAAAUACUUUUGAAGAACAAUUUGCUUUGGAGCGUGCACUUAAAGAAUAUGUUGCAAAUAUUGAUUCUACUUAUGCCAAUAAAUAUGAUGAAUUUUUUGUUGCAUUUGAAGGUAGUUUUGGAAGUCGCCAUGUCACACCCAGGACUAUGAAUAGUAAGUUUUUAGGAAAUUUGGUGUGUUUAGAAGGCAUUGUUACAAAGUGUUCUUUGGUUCGUCCCAAAAUUGUAAGAAGUGUACAUUUUUGUCCGGCUACUAAAAAAACAAUAGAGCGCCGUUACACAGAUUUAACAUCAACAUCUGCUUAUCCAUCUAGUUCUGUAUAUCCAACAAAAGAUGAUGAUGGUAAUCCUUUAGAAACUGAAUAUGGUCUUUCUGUGUAUAAAGAUCAUCAAACAUUAACAAUUCAAGAAAUGCCCGAAAAAGCACCAGCUGGACAAUUGCCACGCUUUGUUGAUAUUGUAUGUGAUAAUGAUUUAGUUGAUUGUUGUAAGCCAGGCGACCGAGUACAAGUGGUUGGUAGUUAUCGUUGUCUUCCUAAUAAACAAGGAGGUUAUACAACUGGAAAUUUUAGAACUAUUGUCAUUGCUAACAAUAUAUCACAGUUAAGUAAAGAUGCAACAUAUUCUGUUAGUAGAGAUGAUGUUUUCAACUGUAGAAAAUUAUCAAGAAGAAAGGGUGAUAUAUUCAACUUAUUGGCUCGAUCAUUAGCACCUUCUAUUCAUGGCCAUACUUUUAUUAAAAAAGCCAUUCUUUGUCUAUUGUUGGGUGGAAUUGAAAAAAUUUUACCCAAUGGAACACGUCUCCGUGGAGAUAUAAAUCUGUUAUUAAUUGGUGAUCCGAGUGUUGCUAAAUCACAAUUACUGAGAUACGUAUUAUGUGCUGCUCCAAGAGCUGUAGCCACUACAGGCAGAGGAAGUUCAGGAGUUGGUUUGACUGCUGCUGUCACUACAGAUCAAGAGACUGGCGAUCGGCGAUUAGAAGCUGGGGCUAUGGUACUUGCUGACAGAGGUGUUGUGUGUAUUGAUGAAUUUGAUAAAAUGUCUGAUAUUGAUAGAACAGCUAUUCACGAAGUUAUGGAACAAGGCAGAGUAUCUAUUUCAAAAGCUGGUAUACAUGCAAGGCUUAAUGCCAGGUGCUCUGUUUUAGCUGCUGCUAACCCUGUAUAUGGUAGAUAUGAUCAAUAUAAAACUCCAAUGGAAAACAUAGGUCUGCAAGAUUCAUUACUAUCACGGUUUGAUUUAUUGUUUGUCAUGUUAGAUGUACCUGAUAGUGAAAAUGAUCGUUUGAUAUCAGAGCAUGUUGUUCGCAUUCACAGAUACAGAGAUCCUAAAGAGCAAGAUGGUGAAGCGUUACCAAUGGGUUCAGGUGUGGAUAUUUUGAGCACUAGAAAUUUGGAAAUUGAUGAGAAUGAUCCAUCUAAAACUAGAAUGUUUGAAAAAUAUGAACCGUUGCUUCAUGGACCGCAAAACCAUAAAUCAGACCAAACAUUAAGCAGUCAAUUCAUGAGAAAAUAUAUACAUAUUGCUAAGUGUGUUAAGCCUGUAUUGACCGAAGAAGCGUCUAAUGAGAUAUCCGAAGAAUAUUCUAGACUUCGUUCUCAGGAAGCUGUUGAAUCUGAUGCUGCAAGGACUCAGCCUGUUACUGUCAGAACACUAGAGACAUUAAUUCGUCUUUCUACUGCUCAUGCUAAAGCUCGUUUGUCCAAAAAUGUUGAACAACAAGACGCUCAAGCAGCAAUUGAGCUGGUUCAGUUUGCUUACUUUAAAAAAGUAUUAGAGAAACCUAAAAGAAAACGGCAAAUCAGUGAUGAAGAAUCUGGAGAUGAACAAGAUUCACAAAGUAAACCUCCAAAAAGAAAAUCAAAAAAAAAUGAUGACGAUCCUUACUCAUUUGAAGACGGGGAAGAGGAGGAGAUUGAUGCUGCUGAACCAGAAGCUAUGGAAGUAGAUACAGAUAAUUCAGGAACACUGAGAGGAGGUCCACCCGCAGUAUCACAAACAUCAAUCACUCCUGAUAGGUAUAAAGUAUUUAAGUCAACUUUGAGUAAAGUUUUUCAAAAACAUAGAUCACAAUCAUUGGGUUUUAAACGAAUGCUCACUAUGAUCAAUGAAGAACAUGUGGCAGAAACUUUUACUGAAAAUGAAGCUUAUGCUGCUAUUUAUAAAAUGAUGGAUGCUAACUUCAUAAUGUUUUCAGAUGGAAUUAUAUUUUUAAUAUAGGUCUUUAUUGAGUAUUUUUCAAAAUAAUUUAUUCACUUUCAAUUUAUACAAGACAUAAUUUAAUAAAAUAAUAAGUUUAUAAUUAAUUUCCAAAGUUAAGUUAAUUUUUUUUUUAAUGACUAAUUAAUUUUUUCAAAAAAUUGUUUUGUUAAACUGUAAAAAAAUAAAUAAAUGCAUACUUAUGUUUAAUUUUACAUUUAGUGAUUAUUCAUAUUAAUUACUUAAGUUAUUACCACUUACUAUACUAGACAUAAUAUAAAUGUUUAUUGUAUAUAGAUUAUAGAUGAAGUAUAAUAUUAUAAAAGUACCAACAGAAAACGAUUGUGGAUAUUUUCUUAAUUGUUAAAAUCUGAAAAAUGUCAGAGAAUAAUAGUUGGUAUGUAACGAAUAUAUACCUAUUAUUAAAAUAUUUGUAAUAUUAGUAUUUAAUACACGGGACAAUAGUAUAUUUUAUAUUUUUUUUUAUUUACAAUUGUAAACUUCAGCAUUAAAAUACAUUUUUUAAAAUA